AUGGAGACGGACGCGCUUGUAACGCUGCCCGCGGAAAAACCUACGCUUGACGAACAGUUUAUAACCGAAUUCGAGACUCUCUCGGAACUAUGGAACUCCCAGCAUACGGAUUACACGAACAAACUAAAAAGGCAGAAAGGAUACAAUAAGUUAUUGACUAUUUUUAAAAGAUACAAGCCGAAUGCCACGGUGGAUGAUGUGAGGAAGAAAAUAAACAGUUUGAGAUCGAAUUAUAGGCGGGAGUUGAGAAGGAUUGCGGAGACGCAUAGAAACGGGGAUGUUUACACGCCAAGGUCGAAGUCGUUUAAGCUGCUUAGUUUUUUGUAUGACACGGAGAUGCCAGAUUACACUGAACAGAGCCCUCAGACAGUGGAUGUGUUUGUAAAAUGCGAAGAACCAGAAACAACGGAGCGCCUACAUCUUUCAAUGUCUCCCGUCAACGAUUCCUUCGACUACAACAGCGUAUCACCUACAACACAGACCAAAGACGACCACCUUUCUACCAGUCAACCAGCCUUUCUACCAGUUCAAAGCCCAAUGUAUAAACAAGUUCAAAAUCCUUUACUACAAACUGAUGAAACAUUUAACUACAAUAGCAUAACAACACAAACCAAAAGCGAAGCAUGUCAAGCGUUUCUCUCAACAGCUCGAAAUCAACACCAAUCUUUACAGCACACUACAGCUUGGUCACUAGCGCACAUUUGGUCGCAGAAGCUGGACAAAAUGGAACCGAUGCAAAGAUUAUUGGCAGAGAAAGCUAUCAAUGAUGUGUUGUUUGAGGCGGAAUUGGGGAAUUUGAACAGGCAUUCUGUUAAGAUUAAUGAAUGUAACUAG